GGCGACUCACAGACAGGCUGCUACUGCUGCUGCUGCAGGAGGAAUUGGUGCAGGAUCAGGAGAGAGCAAGCCACCGAGGGGGGGAGACUGACAGGGGGCGAGGAGAGAUCCCCGUAUCCCGACAAUUCUAUCUGAGGACCCCCCAAAAAAAAAAAAAACAGCACAGCUCCCACCUCCCCCCCUCCAGAGAUAUGUCCAGCGAGAAGACAGGCCCUCCAGACUCCGGACCCCACAGCUCUCCCCCACCUUAUAAUCAACCCGGAGGGGAAGGCCCUUGCAAUGGGGUUAUUCCAGGUUAUAAUGAUCCACCACCCCAGCCAUCCAGCGCCACCCUUCCCCGUCAGGACGCCCAAGGAUACCUACAGGAAACGCCUUUCACAGGCCAACCACCAACCCCCCAGGGGUAUGUGGUCCAGACGCACACUCCCACGGGGACCAUGCCAGUAGGAGGGUAUGUGCAACAACCUGCCGGGUAUCCAAUGCACCUUCAACCCUGCACGGCCUAUGUUCCAGUAUACCCCAUGGGAACGCAAUACCAAACUGGAAAUGUCCCACCGCAGCCUGGCAUACCCCCUCCUCAGAUCCCCCCGGGACUGGCACUACUAGAACCUCGUCGCCCGCCUCAUGACUACAUGCCGAUUGCUGUGCUCACCACAAUCUGCUGCUUCUGGCCCACUGGUGUGAUCGCCAUUAUCAAGGCUGUGCAGGUCAGGACAGCUCUGGCUCGAGGAGAUAUUAUGUCAGCAGAAAUUGCCUCCCGCGAAGCUCGGAAUUUCUCCUUCAUCAGCCUGGCCAUUGGGAUCGCAGCCAUGGUCUUGUGUACCAUCCUCACAGUGGUUAUUAUCAUUGCAGCUCAGCACCAUGAAAAUGACUGGGGUAACUGAAUUAUCGUUACGGCACCUGCGGGGGCAACUGAAGGACAGCCCAAUCCACCAAGACUUCUCUGUGCCCUUGACACUUUCUUAAAGUUUACUUUCUUCA